AUGUCUAAUAUAGCAUCUGCGCCACUAUAGCAUGCAUUGGCGCUGGUUUCCACAGCAGCUUGGAGUUUUGCGAAUCACCUAAAGUGACAAGUCAACUCCAGUUGGCAAAAGCAUAUCCCUUUGCAAGGAUUUGCAAACUUGGAGUUGACUUAUCUCCUUUAGGUGGCUCGUCACAGCUCCAAGUUGCUCUGGUAAACCCAGCGCCAAAGCACAUUACAUCUGAGUGGACGCUAUAUCAGGGGCAACAUGCUUUUCGAGCCAAAAGGUCGGAUAACUAGACUUUUAGAAGGCAAAGAUUUGCCUGCUUCAUUGGUGAACACAUCAGAGAUGCCAGCCAAAAACCCAAUAUCAAGACUCGCAUCUUCUCUUUGGAACUAUCUUUUUCCAAAGGCACAAAUCAAUAUGCUGGUGCGGCCAUUGCUCUUUUCUGAAGAUCUCCCUAAAAUCAAGCCGCUUUCAAGUGUGAUGGAAAAUGCUCCUACACCUAGAUAUACAUCUAUUCCUGAAAGUCAUCCAAAGACUCCUCCACUAUCAUGUUUGAAUCGGAUGAAAAAUUUAGAGAGUGAGGCUAGCACUGUGGAACGACGCAAAAGAAAAUGUCCAGAAUCUCGGUUUUCUGAUGGGGUAAAAAAGGUGAAAGUUGACUGUGCGGAGACAGGGGUCCAAACUGAGCUAAGAAGACCAAUUGAGUCACUAGCGUAUAAAGCUCAGAAGAAUGCUCCAGCUGUAAAAUCUAUGAAGCCGACGUGGGGAAGGCUCUCUAUAUCUUCUGCUGAACUCCCAUCAAGCAAGUGGAAUGGCCUGAGAACUGUAAAAAAGGAAGAAUCUGGAAAAGAGCUAUUUGAGAAGAACUUUGAAAAGAUAUUCAAUAAGAAUGAUUUUAGGACUUUAAGUGAAGUAGUAAAGAAGACUGAUUCAUUAGAAACUUCGAUGGAUACAAAAGGAACAGAUUCAGAGGAAGAAAAAAAGAAUUCGAGGCCGAUAUUUAGAAAAGAUAUUGAAUCGCUUAGUGAGAACAAAGUAAAACUGUUCUUCCUUGAUAUUUAACUAAAAAUUAUAUUUAGAUUUAUCAUUAAUAUAUUGAAAUACAAUUAAUAAAAAAAUUUUUUACUACGGGAGGAGCUAGUGUUUCCAGCUACUCUCUAGAUAUCUGUUCAAGAUGCUAAAAGGGAGACAGCAGCUGCAAUAUUUGUAGGCAACCUCAUAGUGGACGUUAAGAAAUAGAAAAAUUAAAAUUAGCCUAAGUUUCCAGCCAUUCUUCAGAUAUCAAGCAAGGCGAAAAGCCUUCUCUUUCACUUAUGUCUGAAUAUUCCAUUUCAAUUAGUGGUUCAAAACCUAAACAUAAAGAAUCAGUCUCAAAGAAAAAAACAAUUGAAAUUGCGAAGGUUUCUGGCACAGAAAUUAAAGCAAACACUAAAUCUAUAAAGGAAACGGAACCUAAUAAGCAAUCCAGAGUUGGCUUUGAAAAACUAUCCUCAAGCACAAGUGAAAUUAAAGAAACUGACCAAGAAAAAAAUAUUUUUAUUUUCCCAGAGCCUACAAAAAAAGAAAAAGCCCAAUUCCCAAUUUUUGGUAAUAAUUCCAAUUCUCAAGAGGGCUUUGGGAAUUUGGUUAAAAAGGAAGAGAACAAAACUCAGCCGUUUAAUCUCUUCAGUAAUGUCCAAAAUGCUCAAGUGGAUUUAAAUACAAAUACUAUUAAGAAGGAAGAAUCAAGUGCUAUUCAAAACGAAAACAAAGAAAAAGAAAUUGAAAAAAUUUCGAAAGCAGAGUCAAGUAUUUUCAAUAAAACUUUGCCAGCAACUUUGACUAAUCAAAACCCAUUUGUGCAAUUAGAGAAAAAAGAUAAUGAUAAUCAGACUGUAAAUUCCAACACAAAAGAUUCAUCAUCUCUAUUUCAAUCUCAAAACCCUUUCACACCUCAAAAUACCAAAGUGGAUACAAAAUCACUAUUCCCAACUCCUUUUUCCACCCCAUCAAUAUCUUCAACCUCAGAACCAACCAAAGUUCAAGACACUGAAAAAUCCCAGCAGGUCGUAAAUCCCUUCUUAAACCUGAACUCAGUCAACUCCGUUAAGCUUCCAUACGUUUUCGGAGCCAAACAGCCAACUCCACCACCUAUGACUUUCUCCCCCACAUCAAAUCCAUUUGCUCCAUUCCAAUCACCUCAACCUGAGAUGACCCAAGACAUCGAUAUGAAAGACGGAACUCCUCAAUCAAGUCCCAAACUUGCCCCUCAAUCUCAGCCUAUUUUCACUCAAAACAGCUUUUCGCUCUUUCAAUGUGCAACUCCAGUCCCCUUAAGCGUGCCUUCAACUCCUUCUCUAUUAUUUUCUCCACAAAGUUCAGCCUUCAUGCAAGGAAACACAAGUUUCUCAUCGCCGGUGCCAAUGUUUGCUCAAAGCCAGCCAGCCACCCCUUCUCCCAGCACCCCAGGAUCGUUUACAUUAGGAGUGGUAUCCAAGAAAGGAAAAAGAUAA